UCCACGCGGCGGAGCUGGGAACAAGGUGGAGUACAGUAUCCUUACUUAAAGAGGGUGCAGUAGUUACUAUCUUGGCUAAACUUCUGACUAAUUCCUUUGAGUUUAGUUUUCUUUUUGUUGAUUGCUGUAGAGUUUUUGCUGUGUAUUAACUCGUAGUGGCUUUUGGGCAACUCAGUAAAAUUAAAUUAUAUGUAUGGACACGAAAGGGAGAGCAGUUGGGCGAAGAGAGAGAGAGAGGGACCAAGCUCGCCGACAAUUUUGUGCUUCUUAGGAAGAAGGGCCGCGAGGAGUAAUACGUAAAAAGCAAAUCGUCAGUAUAUAUAGCUUUUCCAGCAUAGGUUCGCUGAUUUUGCAGUAAAAUUUUGUAGACUGUGACAAGUGCUAGCCGCCAGCACUUGUCAUAGUCUUCAAAAUUAAUGGAUAUUCUGUUCUGGACACUGUUUUGGAUGUAGGACACGGUUUGUGAUAUGCAUGAUAGAUGAUACAUCGAUUGCAAGGCCAGAACGCAGUAACGAGCUGGAGUUACCAAAACUCGACUGGAUAGACGAAAAUUCACAGCUUAUCGCUUCCUAAGCGCUACAAUUUGCUGACUGCUGAUGUCCUCACAUGUUACAUAGUUUGUCAAUGUCCGAACAUAACUACAGGCAGUACUACUCGGAAGGGUGAAUCGAACUGACGCUCCUUGAAAGCUCUCGCUCAGGAAAUUACGCCUUCAGCUCCAAAGUGCCUUCCAAGAGCCUGUCCAUUUGAGCGACGCAGAUGGUACUUGCACUUGCCAUAAGCGAUCCGUCGAUGAAAUUCUCCGAGUUUAAGUUGGAUUCCUCCUGUAUGAAAGACUGAUGUUGAAAAGUGGAUUCCACUACGAGAAAAGAUCGGAUUCUUCAGCAGUGUUCUCAUGUUUCAUAGCCUGCUUGGACACCGAGAACCACUAUCUCUUGGCCUACUCACAAGCCUCCGUUACUCACCAUUUGUUCUUCUGUUUAGGAAUGCUGAACAAAAUCCUCAAGUUCUUGACGGCUCUAAAUAAAUGAAAUGACCGUCCUCUUGCUGCGAUAAUAUAUUUUUGCUGCUGCACUGCUCUUGUUAGAACUCGUGGUGACCCAAGUCUCUGUGCGAAACAAAUAUCAUCUCCACAACUUGUCAUAUAUUCAUAGAUAUUCAUGUUAACCUUUCGGAACAUAUUAGACUAAUUUACGAGGCGAAGCUGCUUUCUUAUGCCACAAUUCCAGCAGAUAUUAUUGCAAAACUUGCAUUUAUCAAACCGUAUUUAA